AUGUCUUCCCUCAACAUCACCCUCAAGAGAUGUCGCUUCCCAGAACGAGCCAUGGUCUAUAUCACCAUAGAAUCAACAGGUGAGUCCGAAAAUACCGUCUUGCCCGGAGUCAACGGGACCGCCAGCGGCCUUCGACACUUCCUGGAACCCCUAUGUCCCAGCGAAGAACACGAAACUACCCAAGCCGAAGCCGCAGUAUCAGGUUUCUCCUCUAACCCCAUCCUCAUCGUAUCCAAGAACCCUAAUACAGCAGACGCGAGGGGAAACCGCCUCGGUCGACUCCGCAUUUACAACACCGUCAUCACGAUCUUCGCCAUCUUCUGUGAUUUCAACGAGCUGGUCGAUGAAUACACAAACGCGAAACUGAAUAAUGUCAACUGGUUCCUAACUAAUGCUACUAAGCAGAAGACAGGUGGGGAGUCGCGUAAUGAGGCUGUGCUUGAUGCGGUUAUGGAGGCGAAUCAGUACGCAAAGGCUGCUGGGUCUGAGAGGGCUACACCGGACCUCAGAUGA